AUGUCAGUCGCGGAGCUCAAAGAGCGCCACGUGGCGGCUAGCGAGACCGUCAACUCGCUCAGGGAGCGCUUGAAGCAGAAGCGAGCCUCGUUGCUCGACACAGAUGUGGCUGGGUAUGCAAAGUCUCAGGGGAAGACUCCGCUCACUUUUGGCCCCACCGAUCUCGUUUGCUGUAGAACCUUGCAAGGUCAUACAGGAAAGGUCUAUUCAUUAGAUUGGACCUCUGAAAAGAAUCGAAUUGUCAGUGCAUCUCAAGAUGGACGUUUGAUAGUAUGGAAUGCACUAACAAGCCAGAAGACUCAUGCCAUAAAGCUGCCUUGUGCAUGGGUCAUGACUUGUGCUUUCUCACCAACCGGACAAUCUGUUGCUUGUGGUGGUCUUGAUAGUGUUUGCUCUAUUUUCAACCUGAAUUCCCUGUGUGACAAGGACGGGAAUCUACCUGUAUCAAGAACACUUAGUGGACAUAAGGGUUAUGUUUCCUCCUGUCAAUAUGUUCCAGAUGAGGACACUCACCUGAUUACUGGAUCUGGUGAUCAAACAUGUGUCUUGUGGGAUAUUACUACCGGACUCAGGACUUCAGUUUUUGGAGGUGAAUUUCAGUCUGGACACACUGCAGAUGUACUGAGUGUAUCCAUCAAUCAAAGCAACUCAAGAUUGUUUGUCUCUGGUUCUUGUGAUGCAACUGCCCGAUUGUGGGACACUCGUGUUGCAAGUCGAGCAGUGCGGACGUUUCCUGGUCAUGAGGGAGAUGUGAAUGUGGUGAAGUUUUUUCCGGAUGGAAAUAGAUUUGGAACUGGCUCAGAUGAUGGAACUUGCAGGUUAUUUGACAUCAGGACUGGGCACCAGCUCCAAGUAUAUCACCAGCAACAUGGUGAUAACGACUUCCCGCCUGUGAAAACCAUUGCAUUCUCAAUAUCAGGAAGGCUUCUCUUCGCGGGAUACACAAACAGUGAUUGCUAUGUAUGGGAUACUUUAUUGGCAAAGGUGGUUUUGAACUUGGGAUCCCUCCAGAACUCACAUGAGUCCCAGAUUAGCUGUUUGGGUUUGUCAGCUGAUGGAAGUGCCUUGUGUACAGGAAGUUGGGAUACAAAUUUGAAGAUGCUUUAUAGAGCUGAAGCGCUUAUAGUUGUUGGAAUUUUGCCUUCUUAUCGGGACCACAUUGUUGAUUACGUCUCUCAUGAGAAUACAAGUCAAUCCCCCAUGGGUGUCAUCUGUGCAAGAGAUAUGGUCAGCGCUGUGUACUAUAAUGUUCUCUGGGUUAGAUUCAUUGGAGUAUCUGACUAUAAUAAAUGUUUGUUUGUUGGGUUGAUAGACCUUGCCAUUCGUUAUAUGGGCGUUUGGAGGCCAUAG